GGGACCAAUGCGUGGAUAAUUAUGGUGCUGAUAUUUUUCCCUAAAAAAAAGAUGUCAGCCCCUGGCUGUAGUAUUCCUCUUUAAAAUCCCUCUCUGAAAAUGUCAUGUCCCAACAAUGUGACUUCUAACUCGUUUUUGAUGGACUCGUUAGCCGGUACCUGCAGAGGGGAGAAUUAUUCCUCUAACCAAGGAAUGUAUAUGCAAUCUGGGAACGACUUCAACUGUGGAAUGAUGAGGAACUGUGGAAUUAUCCCGUCUCUUUCCAAAAGAGACGAGGUGAAUAACGCCAGCCUGUCUCUCAACACCUAUCCAUCUUACCUUUCUCAGCUAGACACCUGGUGUGACCCCAAAAAUACUUACCGAAUCGAACAACCUGUUGCGAGACAACUCCCCUCCUGCUCUUUCCCAACCAAUGUCAAGGAAGAAAAUGCUUGCUGUAUGUACAAUGCUGACAAAAGAGCAAAAAACGCCACUGAGGCGACCCUCUACCCCAAUCAGAUGCCUGAACCUUGCCUAAAUGACCAUGAAGUCCCCGUGCCCAGCUACUACCGAGCCAGCCAAGGUUACUCCUCCAUGGAAAAGGCGUCAAACUGCAGCAACCCAAGCGAGUUUGAGGCAAGUUUUGAACCCAGGGCGAGCCUCAGCCAAAGGAGUGAGCAUCUUGAACAACCACCACAACCACCACCACCUCCUCCACCACCACCACCUCCACCACCACCACCUCAGCAACCACAGCAGCAGCAACCGCCACCACUGUCCCAACCAGGAGCUAAAGUCAGCUUCCCUGACAACGCAAAGUCUGAUAACCCUCAGAACACGUCCGCCAACGAAAUUAAAACUGAAAAAAGUCUCCCCGCUGCCAAAAUCAGUUCGUCGGAAACUGAGAAGGACAUGAAUAAAUGCACAGACACCAGCACUGACAAUUCUGACAACGAAGCAAAAGGUAAGGGGAUUCUUCUACACCUUAGGCAACAGACUUUAAAAUUACAAUAUUUAUCGUGAAAGUUGUUAGUUCUAUUAUUAUUAUUAUUAUUAUUAAGAAAGCAAUGACCCUGGCAUUGUGGUUCAUUAGAUGCAUUAACUUUUCUCUCUGCCCUUUUUAAUGCAGUCGUUUCUAAACAGCUUACGCUUUCUGCUCACUUCCCUAAAUAAGAGUAUAAUAAUAAUAAUAAUAAUAAUAAUAAUAAUAAUAACAACAACAACAACAAUCGAAAUAAACGGAGUUUAUUUAUGAAGCAUUUAAAUGAGUGCAAAUGCAAAAAAGCAUUAGAAGUCCAUGUUGCUGUGUGUGUGUUUGUGUGUGUGUUUUCUUCCUUCCUUUGGAGAGGAUUGUGUUUUUUGGGGGUGGUACGUACUCAGGGUGAAGUUGCGAGCAACGUCGUGGUUUUUAUAUUUGCUAAGUUGCUAAGUCUGUGGCAGGGAGGUUAUGAAAUAAUCUUAGUAUGGACGAAUGCCUUUUUGGGCUUGCAGGAAAAUUCUACCAAGGCUAUUUCCGUUAGAAAUGUGUAUGUGUUUUCCCCUCCUUUUCUUUUCUUCGUGGUUGAUGCUUCUGGUUCUCUCAUCGUUUUUCUUUCCUCUUUCCCCCUGGGUAACAAUUUGCUAUCUCUUUCUCUUUACUUGCGAAGUCUGGGUUGCUUGUUAAAGGUGCGGCGGGGGUGGGUGGGGGGAGGGAGAGAGAGAGAUGGGCAGUAGAGAUGGUUUGCCAAACACUUCAGAGUGGACUUGAUUGUUGAGUUUCAUUAUCAUUGCUGCAUUCCUCAUUGAUAACCGCGGUUCCCGGCAUCUAGAGUCUUGUUUGUACAGAAAACAGCUUCCCCACCUCAUCCCCAGCGUUUACGUGCGUGGAGCAUCUGUUUCAAGUUUAGGUAUUCUAGGAAAAAGAGCCUUCGAGUUAUGAUGAGGUGUGUUACAUUGGUGGUGGUUUGUGCGUUUAAAAUAAACAAUCCUGAAGGCGAAGAUCUGCCUGGCUUUUAUUAGAUCCAUUUGGAAAAGAGGGGAUCUAAGUAUUUAUUUAAGGAGAAAGAAAGAUGAAAGAAAUAGGGGCCACAUAAACGUCUUCUGUUGUAAAAAGGGAAUGAAAUGUGUGUAGACCAAAAAUGCAACUGGGAGCGGUUUCAGAUAAGAACAACGCCUUUUAUGAGUUUGGCUUUGCUGUGCGGAUUCAAAUCCUCUCAGAGCCUAAGCAUUGGGGAAUAUGCUUAGAAAACAAGCAGAAGAGAGAUGUAUUAUCGGGUUAUAUGUAGCCCCGUGUAAGCACGUGCAUACGACACAUACAUGGAUACCUGUGCUACAUACAUAUGUAUGUACGUAUGUAUGCCUUCAUCAAUACAUAUGCAUACGCACAUUGCCUGCUUGGGUACCACAAAAGGAAGCAGGCUUUCCAUUCCUUCUUGUUUCUCUCACCUGAAAUAGUAUAUAUAUAUAUAUAUAUAUAUAUAUAUAUAUACACACACACACCCACACGUUCCUUUUCGGGGCACCGAGGAAUGAAUUAUUUUAAUCCGCCAGUUCAACUGCCUUAGUGAAGAGAGAGAGAAAUUGCAAAGUCAAGGUUAUGGGGGGUGGAAAUCGCUAAAGGUAUCAGCCAAAGGUGUUUUCUUUGCUGCAAACAUGAUUGGCGUUUUGAUUUGGAAUGAGAGAAGCGUUAGAAUAAAAUAUUUUUCCUUUCAUCAUGAUUUGUUUGCGAAAUGUCCCGCCUAGAUUUUCAAACUUCCCUUUCCUUUUUUUUCCCGGCGGGAAGGAACGAAUGAUUUGCCACUGAAUACAAUAUUUCAUACUGUGCCAUUUAGAUAUGGAUAUUACUAUUAUUACUACUACUACUACUAUUUUAAAAGUCUUCACCCUUUCUUUUGUUGGAAAUGGUCUCUUAAUUUCCGCUUAUGUUUCAUCAGUCCUGCCCAAGCCGGGAUUUGGAAAUGUGAGUUUUAGAGCUUAGAAAAAUGGAAAGCUUUCGAAGGAAUUUACAGGGUUCAAUGGCAGUGGUGGUGAAUGUGUGAGAUGCAUUGCAAUGCAACCACAACAUGGGUUUGCUUUUUCGAGUUGUUUUUUUGGGAAAGGUUAUUUGUCUUUCAAGGUUCUGACCAGAAUUCCAAGUAAGUGAUUGUGUGAAUCUGGCACACACACAAAUGAAGAAAGGGGGAAAAUUAGACCCGUAGGCUGCUAUAAUUGCAAAACACCUCCCCUCCAUUCACACACUCACACCUUGGAUAAAUGUUAGCGUGUUACUACUGCCAACAUUCCAGCAUAUCCAAAUUCAAAUCCGAGGUGUUUAUGUAUGUGUAUGCGCGUCUGAAGUAUGUUGCAAUGGCUGCCUCUAUGGAAAUUGUAUGUGCCUGCAUGAGGGUUACUAGGAGAACGUCAGUACAGUAUUUUGGGGUGGAAAACAAACAAGUGUAGGUUUCGUUUUUGUUUUAAGUGUGGAAAGUUAUUCUUUGCCAAUAACAAAAUGAUGCAUUUCACAGAGCCUUAACGUCAAAGAAAAAUCGAGUCUAGUCCAUUGGUGGGUAGGGCGAGGAUACAAAACACCCGCAGCCAGUUAAACAAACACACAAACAGAAAAUUAUCCCCGUAAUGUAAUUUUCAGAAUGGUGUUUUGUGUUUUGCCUCGUUUUAAAUAAAAGCUGGUCCAUUUCGAGUCAAGGGCUGAGCUUGCGUGAUGUUGUGGCAUAAACGCUACAGCUUGCUCGAGCAAUUAUUAAAGUGCUACUGUUGAUUUUCAAGACAGAAAAGAAAAGAAAAAAGAGGCGGGGGGGGGAGCCUUCAUGGCGUGCUCAAGGUGCAGGAAUAAUUUCACAAAAUUAUAUCCUGUUGACAUGUUUGACACGUGGAAAAACUCUACACCCGAGAAGAGUGCAAACAGCCUCAACGCCAUUUGUGCAUCACUAAGGGUAUCCCUUACGUGAACUAUGCAUAGUUUUUCAAACCAUUAGUUAAGAUCUGGCGUUGUGUAAGUUAAGAUCUGGUGUUAUGCAUCUGACGCCCAGGUGAAUAUUGUGAAUGGGAGGCUUAAUCCACUGCUUUUUGAGAGACACUGGGUUCUGUUAGCUUGAAGCGAUGGUUUAAUUAGAAUGCUAACAUCUGUAAAUAAUAAACAAGGGAGAGGGAGACAUUUGUUUGAGUAUAGUAUAGAGAUUAUUGUAUUACUAAAAGAAGAUGCUCUUUUUGUUAUUGUUUUUUUCUAAAAAAAUAAUAAUAAUUCAGUCUUAAGCCUAGGAAACUCUCUUUGCUAUUCCACAGAUACUUAUUUAAUAAUAUUAUUUUUAACAGAGGAUAUAAAGGCAGAAAACACUACAGGAAAUUGGCUGACAGCAAAGAGCGGAAGAAAGAAAAGAUGUCCUUACACUAAACACCAGACGUUGGAACUGGAGAAAGAAUUCUUAUUCAAUAUGUACUUGACCCGUGAGCGCCGCCUGGAGAUUAGCAAGAGUAUUAAUCUAACAGACAGACAAGUCAAAAUCUGGUUUCAGAACCGCAGGAUGAAACUCAAGAAAAUGAACAGAGAGAAUCGAAUUCGCGAACUGACUUCCAAUUUUAAUUUCACUUGAAAGUGUUCAAUAAAGGGAAGGGACAGGGGUGGGAGUCAUUACAAAUCUUGUGCAGUAUUCUUUUUUAAUUUUUUUCCCUGGGUAUAAAUGCAAUGCGUAUGGGAGGGAGGGGGAGAAAGAGAGAGAGAGAGAGAGAUAAUAAUAAUAAUCAUAAUCAAGACCUCAGGCUAGUGUGCAGUUCUAUGAUUUGGGUAUUUACAGUUUGUAGAGCGAAGGCGCAUCCAUCGGUAUAAGCAUGAGAAUAUAUAUAUAUUGCAUCAAUGUUUCUAUGUAAAAUAAAGAGUAAGGCGGUUGCUUUAAAAAAACAGCUUCUAAGAUGUUUAAGUUAUUCACGAGCAGCACAAAGGGAAGGAAAGGGGAAAACACUGAAGGACCUAUUUCUAUUGCCUUUUUAUGUUUAGGGGACUAGGUGCGUCUGAAAGUUUGCUUUUCAUAUCCUAGGUGUAGCCUGCCUAUUGUAUAAUAAAGAUAAUGACUAAAAUGAAUUGCAUUAUGUGUCUGUACAUGGAAGUGGCAGUGAGAACAUGCUCACAUUGUGUAGUAAUGCAGUCUCCUUCCAAUGAGGUGGUACUAUCGACCAUUAUAUUUAAGAAAAGAAAAUAAUAAAGCAGUAUUGAUAUCUUAUAAUGGGGGGGACGUCUGGGGUUUUUCCUUUUGUGACUGUUAUUUAAAUAUAUUCUGUAUGUGGUAUCCUUUGCAUGUAUCUUCCUUUAUGGAGCCAAAUAAAUUUCUUAGAACCGUGUACAA